AUCUGCCUCGUUUGGAAUUUAUGAUUUUUCUAUAAAACGGCUUCAGAUGGCAAUUACUUUAUGAUAUUUUACUAUAUUUUAAGCAACGUAUUAUAUUUUUACGUUUAAAGAACGAGUUGCUUUUUUAGUUUGUGUCGUUUGUGGCACUGAGUCGGUGAAAUUAGUAAUGAUAACGAGCUGAUAACGAACACUGAUAAUAGCCACGAAAACAAUAAUUUUAUUAUUAAUUAUUAAGGAUUACCUUCUGAUUUUUAGUUGUAUUAGCCCUUUUUUUUUUACAUAGGUAUAGUUACUAGUCAACAGACGCCUCCCAGCCCCAAUACUUGAUAAUCUCAUAAAUUAAAUAAUUUAAAUAAUAAUGAAUUUGCUUUUUUCUUAAAGUCGACCGUGCAUAAUCGUGAGGAUAUGAUUGUAUAUGCUUUAAUUUUAAGAAGUCGGGAUCUCUUACCACUGACUUCCACUACUAAUUAUCAAUGCAGUAAUGGCGAAAGUGCCAUUGACUUAAAACUGAUUAACAAAAUCGUAAAAAAUGUGCUGAAAAGACCCAAUACGCCGAAAAAUAAAUGUUUUCUACGAACCAACGAGAAGAUCUACUAGUAUGUAUAUUAUCAGUUCAAAAUUUCAAUGCUUAUUAUUUACGGUACUUAACGAUAUUUCAAUCAAAUUCGUAUGUUGGGCAUUGUUAUUUGAUUAAUUUUUCCAGUUAUUUGUAGGUAUUUUCCAUAGCAGUGUGGAGUUGAAACUUUUGUGAUUGUAAAAGUUGGAGUAAUUCAAACAUUUCUAUCGGUUUAGCGACUAAACAAAUGGACCAAUUGUGUCUAUAUUAGAAACAGUAGAAUAAUAUUUUUUUUUUUCAAAUAAUGUUUUGGAAGUGUUGGUAACUUUUUUAUACCUUGCUUAGAAGAGGCCUUGGGUGUUACAUUUAAUUACAUAUCUUUCUAUAUUUACUUUCAAUUUAAAAAUAAUAUAUUUUCCUAUAUACAUUCUAAUUGAUAGUUACAAUUUAAAUAAUAAAAAGUAAUUAUUAUGUGAUCAAAUAAAUAACUAUUCAACAUUUAUUUUAGCUUUUUACCAUGUCUAAAUAUAAUUUGCAUGGGAAUGUGCAUUCCUUCAUACCCUCAAGUAUUAGCUUACAGCUUUUUAGAAGAACUAGCUGGAGAGUUUACAAAAAAAUAUGAUCGUUAUAAAGUUGAACAAGCAUUAAGGCCAUACAAUCUUAUUGAAUUUGGUAUUUAUAUUUAUAUAAUUCUAUAUAUUUAAAAUUAAUUUAAAAUUUGUAUUAUUUAGAUGCUACAAUACAUCCUAUUCAGCAAACCUAUAAUAAACCACAACAGCUGACUUCCAGAAUUAAUUUGGCUGAAAUCACUCGUGAUAUUUCGUUAGAUCCACCUCAAGAAGUGUUUAUCGUUGAAACCAAUUCUAGUAAUAACAUUUGUACGCCACAGGUCAUUCCGCCAACUGUUAGAGGUAAUGUUUUAUGUUUAAUACUAUGAACAUUAAAUCUAAUUUUUUUAUAGAAAAUAAUAUGGAUAUGGUUAAAAACAAAAGCCUAACAUACUUUGAGUAGAUUAUUGUCUAAUGUAGCCCACAGAGAUUCAAGUCUGUAGAUUAUGUAAUAAUAUUUUAAAUAUGGCGAUUAUUGCAAUCAUUACACUCAUAGUUUAAACAUAAAUAUUUGUAACUAAAAUUUUUUCAUAAUUUUCAGUGUAUUUAAGUGAACAAUUUUAAUAAUUAAUUCAAAGAAAAGAUCUUAUAAAUUCAUGAUUUUUGAUGGUACUGCAAUAUAAAUAAUAUUUUUUUUUUCAAACUAAUCAUUGUAAAAUGAAUGGUUCUAUUGUUUCAUUAAACAUUAAAACAAUAAUUAGAAGUGUUUUCAUUUGAACUUUUCUCUGAUUAAUUUUAUAUUUCAUUGUAUUGGUUGUAUACAAUUAUCAUUAAUAUAUUUUAGGUUUUGAGCAGAGAUAGGAAGCAGUUAAAUUUAAAAUUCUGUUUUACAAAUGAACAAAUAUUCAACAUGUCUUUUUCCCAGUAAUUAUAUAAGAAAUUUAAAAGUAAUUUAAAAGAAAGAAAAAUAGUAUUUUAAACAAUUUUAAAAUUGUUUCCAAAUGAAAUGUUUUAUCUUCAAUUUUUAUUUGUAAACAAUUUAUUAUAAGCUUGUACAUUAUUGAAACACUAUACUCAAUAGGCAGCGUAAAGUAUGUCUUGAUUUUUUACAAUUAAGAUAAUAUUAUGUUGCUCUAAUAAUAAUUAAUAAUAUUUUGUUAAAAAUAAAUGACAAUGUAUUUAAUUUUUUUCAGUUGGACCAUUGCCUACAUUAGAACCUUUAUCUUUCAUAGAUAAAGCAUCAAUAGUAUUUACUUUUUGUUUAAUAUUAAAUAGUGUUCUCAUGGUUAUGGAUACAUUGAGGAGUUUAACAACUGAGGUAUGAAUUAUUUAUGUCAAACUUUUUAGUGUAUUGUUAAUGUGCUCAUAUUAUAUUUAUGUAUUGACUUUUGUAAAUAUGACCAGGAUAAAACCAAAUAAAUUUAAGAAUGAAUUAAGAUAAUAGUAAUUAUUGUUCUUUACUGUUUUAGGAAGAUAAUUCGUUGGAUACUGGUUGGCUUCAUUUUUGUAGUAUUUUUUUCCGAUUAGCUCAAAUAUAUGUUCUCACACACAAACAAAUGUAUCGGUCGAAAAAAGGAUGGACAUUGUUCUUAGUGUUAUUAGGUUUCGAUUGGUUAUUGUAUUUCACUGACACACUUUGGGAGGUGAUUUUAGUAUUUUUAAUUACUACACUGACACAUUCAUGUAUUCUUCGAAGAAAAAUUGCCAAUAAGUUACCACAAUAUCAGAUUUGAGUUUAUAAAGAAUAUAGGUAAACUCACAUUUUAAUUUAUCUUGUAAUUUUUAUUUUAUUUAUUUAUUUUCAUUUAUAUAGAUAAACAUAUUGAAUAAUAUAGUCUUGUCUUGUUCAAAUCUGGUUCUAAUAAUUUGUUAGAGAUUUCAUUAAAUAAUGCUAAUGGAGUAUUAUUUUUAAACUUAAUCACAUUGCUUUAUGGUGGAACUAAGUAUUCAUAAAUUAUUUUUUGUAGUACAUAUAUGUAAUAUGACAUGAUUUUUUAAUUACAUAUUUGGUUGGAUCAGGAUAAUCUUUAACACGUUGACUGCACACGUAUUUGCAAGUUUUCACUCCAGUGCGUACAGAACUUUUUAAUCAUGCUAAUUAAUAAUCAAAUAUCAUUUAGCCACGCACAUGGAAUACCAAAUUUUUUAUAUUAUAUGUAUAUUGGAUGGCAAAUGACGUUAAAUGAGUUGUUGAACAAUCCUUAUGACUCCAUAACCGUAACCAGCAUUGGUAUACAGUCAACAUGUUAAGUUCUAAACCAGUGUUUCUCAAUCUGGGGAAGGAAAGGUGUAAACACAUUGCAGGGGAGGUGUGAGUAUUUACAUUUACCAUGUACAUUUUAUAUAAAAGAGGAAAAAUUGAAAAAAAAAAAUAAUGACCAGUUAAAGCGUAGCACUAAAACAAAAAUAAUAAUCGUAAUUUUAAAAAUUUUCGUGCCGCCACCCCGUAUAUAAAUACAUUGUUAUUUAAAUAAAACAUAAAAAUUGCUUGGAUAUCAAAUCAGAUAUGAGGGGCUGUCUCCAAUAUCAAGCUAAAUAUAAAAAAAAUUGUCCAAAAAAAAGUAUUGUCAACUUCAUAUUUAUAUUAAUUGGUUAUAACAUUAUUAUUAAUUUAUAAUUAUUAUCAUCAAUAAAAAAAAAUGGUCUUUAUGGAUAUUGAGUAAAUUAAUUUAUAAAGAAUACAAAAAAAAAGUUAUUCAUUUUUUUAAAUUUGUAGAUAGGGGCGUGCGGUUUUUAAAAAAUCUACUAAGGGGACGUAGAAUAAAAAGGUUAAGAAUCACUAUUCCAAACAGUCUUGAGUAAAUUUUUUGAGUGCGAUGAAAUGUACAAGUAUUUGGGUUUAAUAUUAUUAUUGUAUGAUCAGACUUAAAUGAAUCGUCAUGUGUCAAAAAUAUUUCAUAAUCAGAAAUAAGCGAUUUAAUAUAUCGAGCAAUAAUAUGCUAUCUGUGUCUUAGUCUAGUACAAAAUAUAGGUACAGACUCUUUGGAAUAUAAAAGUAAAAUAGAUGAUUAACUAAUUUCAAAUUUUAUGAACCUUUCCAUCGAAGUUUAUAUCUUAAAUUUGUAUUGAAAUUCUGUUCUUUAUAUUCAAAUUAAACAUUUUUGUAUAAUUACAAUAAUUUUCUCUUUUUAUAUAAAAAUUACAAGAUAAAACAAAUCUUACUGCCUUAAUAUGUAUUGUUGAUUAUUAUUACUGCUCUUAUUGUGAUAAAAAAAUGUUGAUUUUUAAAUGUUAUAUCGUAGAAUUGAAUUUGAUAUUUUGAUAAUGUUAUGUAUAUUAUUAUACAGUAGAAUGCUGAUUAUCCAAACUAUACAAAUUAAACACAACAAGAGUUAUAUAUUUAUUAUGUUUAUUAUAAAUUUAUAUUGUAUAUAUUUUUAUUAAUAUUAUAUUUUAAGAAUAGUAAUUGCUAAAAAAAGAACAAAAUACCUGUAAAAAUAUAAUAUAUAAAUGUUUUUAUAAAAAAGUAACUAAGUACAAAACUGACAUGGUUUAAUAUUUCAAAGUCAUGAAAAAGAUUAAAUUUUAGUCUGCUUUAUUGUCAACUUGUUCUAUGUGAUAGUCUGGAUAAAUCAGACAAAGUCGGGUUAAAUGACAGAUAAUCUGCCUUCUACUGUAUUUGUAAAUUUAAGUACAUAAUAUUAUGUUGUAUUCAAUUACAAUAUCAAAUAUUUUCGGGAUUGUUUUUAUGAAAAAUUGACCUAAUAUUAAAAGACUGACCUUACCCAUAUGAUUCUGUUCCAAGUUUCUUUCAAAGUAUUUCGUUAAAAAUUACUAUUUUUCUGCCAGAAAAAUAGUUCAGUUUAUUUAUACUGUUUUAAUUUACUGGAAAUACAAGGAGGGUCAGAUAAUUAAUGUUAGAUCAAUAUUUUAUUUUUAUGUAAAAUUUAAUAUUUUGUUAUAUAUAUAUAUAUAUAUAUAUUUUUUUUUUAUAUUAAAACAUCUAUUUGUGUAAACAAUGUAAUUUUCUAAAAUAUAGUUUUGAUAUAAACUAUUAAUAUUUUUGUAAAAUCGAUAAAUGUACCUAAUUAUAUAAACAUAAUUAUGUUAACACAAACCAAAUAAAUAAUUUAUAACAUGUUUUAAGUCAUGGUCAUAUUUUAUCUAGAACCUAUUUAUUUGU